CCAUGAGGAGCUGGACACUCUGCGCUCUGCUGCUUCUGGGGUUCAGAGGCGCUUCUGCUUCAUCCGUGGGCCCCCGGUGCACAGAGCCCAGGGAUGAAGGCAAAGGGAAGGAAAAGCUGUUGAAGUAUUUCUAUGAUCCGCGGUCGCAGGGCUGCGUCCCGUUCUUCUAUAAAGGAGAAGGUGGCAGCAGCAACCGCUUCAGCAGCGAUAGAGCCUGUGUGAAAGCAUGCUCGCCCAAAGCUCACGAGAUCUACCCGGAUGACGAUAAGGUCUGCUCUCUGCCAAAGGACGAAGGCGCCUGCUUCGCUGCCAUUCCGAUGUAUUAUUACGACACUGAAGAGAAGAUGUGCCUUAUGUUCUUGUACAGAGGCUGCAAUGGAAACGCCAACCGUUUUGAUUCUCGAGAGGAUUGUCACAAUAUGUGUGCUGCACGAUCCGGACGGCUGCUGGGAGCUGAGGACCUGCCAAACCCUGAUGAGAAGCCUGUUGAUGCAGGGCUGAUUGUGGGUGUUUUGGGUGGGAUUGUGUUCGCUGGUGCUGUCAUUUCUGCAAUCGUGGUGUUUGUGCUCCAAAAGAAAAGCAAGAAAGCGGAACGAAAGCCAGUGCCGACGUCUGAUGUCGAAAUGAAAUAGAUCUUUAUUCACAACAUUUGUUUGUACAUACCUUGCUAGUGCUUUUGUACCGUUUAUACAAGUCAUGUUUGAACAGUAAUAGAACAACUGGGUUUAAAUGAUAAACAUUAGUGUCCAUGAUAAUGUUUUGUUUGACUAGAAAGGUUCAACUAUGUAAAGCAGUUAAAUACUAAAAGCAAUCCUGUUUUGUUUGAUAUAUGACAGCAGU